AUGCGAUGAGGCGGCGGCCGCGGCCCUUGUCAUGCGAGCCCGGCAGGCGGCGGGAAGCGGCGGCGGCGGCGGGGCGCGGGCCGCAAGAUGGCGACCGCCAUGUACCUGGAGCACUACCUGGACAGUAUCGAAAACCUGCCGUGUGAGCUGCAGAGGAACUUCCAGCUGAUGCGGGAGCUGGAUCAGAGAACGGAAGAUAAGAAAGCGGAAAUUGACGGUCUUGCGGCAGAAUACAUUGAAUCGGUGAAGAACAUGUUGCCCGAGGAGCGAGUGGAACACCUGAAGAAAAUCCAGAGUGCCUACAGCAAAUGUAAAGAGUACAGCGAUGAUAAAGUCCAGCUGGCCAUGCAGACGUACGAGAUGGUGGAUAAGCAUAUCCGCCGGCUGGAUGCAGACUUGGCACGGUUUGAAGCAGAUCUGAAAGAUAAACUGGAAGGCAGUGACUUUGAAAACCCUGGAUCUCGAAGCCUGAAAAAGGGACGGAGUCAGAAAGACAAAAGAGGCUCUCGCGGUCGAGGCCGGCGAGCAUCUGAAGAAGAUACACCAAAGAAAAAGAAGCUCAAAGGAGGAUCGGAGUUUGCUGACACCAUCCUGUCGGUGCACCCCUCGGAUGUCCUAGACAUGCCAGUGGACCCCAACGAACCUACCUACUGCUUGUGUCACCAGGUGUCCUACGGAGAAAUGAUUGGCUGCGACAACCCAGAUUGCCCAAUUGAAUGGUUCCACUUUGCCUGUGUGGACCUCACCACCAAACCAAAAGGGAAAUGGUUUUGUCCACGUUGUGUUCAGGAAAGAAAGAAAAAGAAGUAAGGAACAGAGGGGAAUACAUCCUCUGAGGCAAGAAGAUUUUAAUAUAUUCCUUCCUUCGUGUUGCAAUAUUAUCUUUGAUUUUUUUUUUUUUUAAACUACCCUCCUUUUUCUGGUAUGAUAUUUAAUUGUCCGGUGGCCAGUUGUAAUUCCUGUUCUUUCGUAACAAAAUGACUUUGGGAGGGAGGGAAUUUGCCACAGGGUUUUUAUUUAUGUUACACUUGCACAGCACUGAAAUCGCUGUCACUCGGAAGUGCUAGGGCAGCCAGUAGCUGUGGUCUCUGCUCGUUUAUGGGAGUCUGAAACCACGAAAGGCAUUGCAGGAGAAUGAAAUACUUGCGUCUUCAGCACGGUGCCUCGCCGUCAUCGAGAUAGUUUAGGCCUGGAGCUUGUGGUGGUAGAGAAGGAGGAAUUUUCUCUGAUGUAGCCUGCGGAAAGAAGUAGGCUCCGCUGCUUAGGGUGAAGUCCGUUCGUUGUGCAGCUUUGUGGGACAGAAAGGAGCAGGAAAGCUGGUUAGCUGUUUCCAGUGUCCUUCUCCUCAAAGUACUGCGCUUAGUUUUGACAGGGCAGGGAUGGGGGAGAGGUAAGAUCAAAUCAUCUCCUUUGGGGAAUUUCUUCUGGCUACCUUUGCACUGCCAUUAUUUUACUUGAUCUUGCCCCCAUUCACGUGAACCUUGACGGAAGCGAACUGUUAGACUUUUCACCUUCUUCUAGAAAAGGUUUGGCUUUUGGGGAGAAAAAUCUUUAAAUAGCAAAGGAAUUGUCCUGCAGUGUUUCUUAGUAAUAUCGAGAGAGAGCGUUACCUUUUCUGGCUGUUUCAUUUCUCUGAAGAUCCUUUAAGUACGUUACUGUGAAGACAGAGAUGGAAGGUCAGAUUUAUUCAUGAAAUAAGAUGAAGGCCUGAUUUUUUUUUUUUUGCUUGUCUCUGCCUGUGGGGCAUGUGUGCAUCCCCUUGAUGGGGGGCUGGAGUAGCAUUUGCUGUGCAGCACUGCUGUUGAAGAAGGCCAUUCAGCAGGAAUGUUUUCUAAUGACUUCUUGUCUCCCUCUUAAUGAGGGCACAUUUGCAUGUUCUUGACUUCCCUAAGCUGCCUUUCAGAUUAUGAAUGUGAAUCCUUGCUGUCACAGCAGGAAGGAAGAGAAGGAAAUCAGGAGUAGGAAAACAAAAGUCUUCCUGGGGUUUUUUUUUUUCUCCCUCUGAGUUAUAGUGGAUGCAGAAGUUGAGGGAAGAGCAGAGAUAACUCUUGUCUUCAUCUAUAUCUUGUAUUAUGGGGCUUACCCGCCUAUGAUAAAAGGUGGUGUGGGGAGAGGUGGUUCUGCCGGCGGAGGGAAAAAAAGCAAGCCCCACACCAGCCCCCCCAGCAGCAGAAGGCACCGGGGUUUGUGAACUUGGCUGGCUCUGGUCCCUGAGGGUGUCACGGCUGCUCUGUGCGGGGCUGUGUGCUACUUCCCGUACCAGUGUGCUGGAGCUCUUGGUGCAGGCUGCUGGAAAGGCAGUAAGAAACUUCCAGAUAAGCUUGUGUUCUGAUGUAAAAACAAUCUGAAUAAACAGUACAGAGGGGGGGAAAAAAAAACCCAAACCCCAAACCACUUCUGUUGAUUUUGGCACCUGUUUCAAAAGAAAAAAGGUCUUUUUUUCCCUGUUACGCUGACCCUCUUACUUGUGUUUUGCAACGAAAGAAAGUAGAACACAGCUCUUGCCAAUUUUCCUUCCCCGCUUUGUUCCGUUGAGCUUUAUAGAUGCUGCAGGUAUGUCAAGACUGACAUAAAGACACCUCUUGAUACCGAGACAGCUUUUCUAUGAACAUUUUGAUUUAUUGCAUCCACUGUGGGGGGGGAAAAUACCCCAAACCCCUGUUUCUAGGGUCCUUUCAUUUAAAGUGCGAUGCCGUUGCCUCUGUCUUUGCUACGUUGCGUCACUCCGCGGGUGGUAUAUGAAGUUUCCAUAGUUAUGUUUACAAGAUGAUGCGCAUUUGUCAUUGCUGUCGUAAUAGCACCGGGAAAGCAGGCGGACAAAUGAAAAGCAGGUUACUGGAGGGAAGGGGGAGGAAAAGCACACUCACAGAAACCUGAAAUACAGCCAGCCCUCUUUUUCUUUCUGCCUCUUUUUUGAGAGGAAUUUAUUUGUGAUACCUCAUGAGCCAGCCUUAAUUCAGUAGCCAGUGAGCAAGACCUGUACCUCAUUGACCUGCCACACUGGAUUAACGUAGGAGCGUAACUGCGUCCCGAAAACUAAUGUUGAUGCCGUGUCAGGUUUUAUUUUCCCCUUCCGUCCAGUGGUAUUGUAUACAACUUUUUUUUUUCCCCCCUUCCCCCCCCCCAGGGCUUUAUAAUAGUGGUAUCACCAUAGAUUAAGUGUUUGAUAUGAAACAAUCUCACGAUUCCGCCGCACCUCUCCGGAGGUCUUGCUGGAAGCAUGUCCUCACGGAAGCUCGCGGCUAGGCGCGGAGCUGACCACCCUCAGCUCGGAAAACUCAGUCAGGCAGGACGGCCGCAUGCGUUUCGUUAGCUCCCGGGGCGGGGAAGAGCAGACCUUUUCCUUUUUAACCAGCAAAACAAACAGAAAAA